GAUAACUAUGUUAUAGAUAGAUUUGUUGCUUAUGCUUGUUUUUCUAGUUUAGGUCUUUUCUGGAUUUUGACUGUCGUACAAUUUCCAGGGAAAAAGCCCAUAUGUCACGGCUCACAGGUGCAUGCAUAGAGGUGCGAGCGUGACUAGUGAGUGAUGCGCCUGUGUCUGGGCGCCGCUUUACACAUUGGAGCGUGUGAUGUUGGUAUUCCAAAAUUCCGCCCGGGGAUUUGUUAGUUGGGGCGUUCGAUCUGCCAUCCAUGCGACUCGGCAAAUCACGAAAAAUACAGGCAUCAAUAAUUUUAUGUCAAUCUAUUUUGGUCGAUUCUUUACUCUUUCUUUGGCGUUGAGCUGGCCAUACAAAGCAAGCAAAGCUGCAUGCGGCUUCUUUCCAAUUCCAAUUGCUUUCUUCAUUACUUAAAAAAGGAUUAAAUAAAUGGGGAUCUAAUCUUGUUAUUAUCUUUAAUCCAAUCUGCAGUUGCUGCUUUUUGCUUCUGCUUUCUGUCUGCAACUGAAAAAGCCAAAGCUAAGGCUAAUCGCCAAUUAUUAUUAUUAUCAUCAAAAAUGGAGUGAGCCCUCUGGAUCUCAGCAUCUCCUCAUUUCCACUCACUCUCGUCCGUCUCUCUCUUCCUGUUCUCCCUCUGCGAGGGUUUUGCAGACAUGUCAGGCUCAGGCAUAGGGAUAGGGCGGAGAGGAAUUCAUUAUUUGCAGAAACUAAAAGCCGCAAAUAUACCUUCCGAUUUGAUAGAAAAGGGCCAAAAUUGUGUAAUAGAUGCUUCUCUUACCCUUAUUCGCGAGAGGGCGAAGCUCAAGGGACAACUUGUGCGUGCUUUAGGAGGUGCUGUCGCAUCCACAUCUCUGCUUGGAGUUCCCUUAGGGCAUAACUCAUCGUUUCUUCAAGGGCCAGCUUUUGCUCCUCCUCGAAUCAGGGAGGCGAUCUGGUGUGACAGCACUAACUCAACCACUGAAGAAGGAAAGCAACUAAAUGAUCCACGGGUGCUAACUGAUGUUGGUGAUGUCCCUGUCCAAGAAAUCCGUGAUUGUGGUGUGGAUGAUGAUAGAUUGAUGAAAGUCAUAAGUGAAUCUGUCAAGCUAGUAAUGAAGGAGGAUCCAUUACGCCCUUUAGUUUUAGGCGGUGACCACUCAAUAUCUUUUCCUGUUGUAAGAGCUGUCUCUGAGAAGCUUGGUGGACCUGUGGAUGUACUUCAUUUAGAUGCCCAUCCCGAUAUUUAUGAUGCCUUUGAAGGAAAUAAGUACUCACAUGCAUCUUCUUUUGCACGAAUUAUGGAGGGUGGUUAUGCUAGACGCCUUUUGCAGGUUGGAAUCAGAUCAAUAACAACUGAAGGGCGGGAACAAGGAAAAAGGUUUGGAGUGGAGCAAUAUGAAAUGCGAACAUUUUCAAGAGACCGUCAUUUCUUGGAAAACCUGAAACUGGGGGAAGGAGUAAAAGGCGUGUACAUAUCAGUGGAUGUGGACUGUCUUGAUCCUGCCUUUGCUCCAGGGGUAUCUCACAUUGAACCAGGAGGCCUUUCCUUUCGCGAAGUUCUGAACAUCCUACACAACCUCCAAGGCAACAUCGUUGCUGCAGAUGUGGUAGAGUUCAACCCACAACGUGACACUGUUGAUGGGAUGACUGCAAUGGUUUCUGCUAAGCUUGUAAGAGAACUGGCAGCUAAGAUGUCAAAAUGAUAAGUUUUGCCUUCUUGCUAGUAAUACAAAAGGUCAUCUUCUACCUUUCUUUUAUAUCUGUUUAGCUAAACAUAUGACAAUGCUAGUCCAUCUUAUACCUGAAUAAGAUAGACAGGCCAUUAUUUUCAAGUUUCAUGUUGUAUGAAUCAGUUUUUAAUCAUAAUCCAUCCCUGUCCCUCUUUUGUUCCUGGUUGAUUGGUGAAACACACUUAUUCUUCACAUAAACAGAUGUUAGAGAGAGAGAGAGGUCUAAAGAUAAAAGGCAUUUUGUAUUAGUUUAAGUCUCAUUUAAGAUCAAAUUAUACUUAACAGCAGAUUUGCCCUAAAAUCUAAAGGACAUAUUUGAGCAAAGAUAAUUCCAAAAGCCCCUAUAAAACCCCAUUUCUUACUUUCCCACAAGUCAUUCCAAAUUCCCCACUUUCUCUCCGACUGAUAUAUCUGCCUGUCGUUGUUGGUACCCUA